AUGGCCAUUGAAGAAGAAGACUUCAGCUUCCCCGCCACCACCGCCGAUGCUCAACCACGCUUCAUCGACUCGCCACCCCUUUGGCGCCCCGUUUCCGUCCCCCCACCACAUCAAAAACCAGAAAGAUUAGUUGACAAAGAAGAAAGCAGAGAAACUUACAACAGCAAUCAAAGAAAGAACUUUUCUCGCGGUAUGAAGAUGAAGUGGAGAGAAGAAGACAACGACGUUGGUGACGAGCUUGAGGAAAAAAUGGACAUGUUGUGGGAGGAUUUGAAUGAAGAAUUCUCAAGAAAACUUGUGGUAGAUUCUGGUAUGUCUUCAUCUCAUAGAGAUGUACAAAUUUCGUGUGUUAAAACCUUAAAGUUGUCGAAGCCCAACGGAAAUUUGCUUUCUGGCAAAAAACUAAGCAUUGUAUUGCUUAUGAAGAUCUUGACGAGAAAGGUUUUUUUUGUACAUAAUACUCGCAGUUCUAUCAAGAACCGGGCAUGCUGA